AUGACCUCUGAAACCACCCGGAACGUCACUACUCAGUCCUGGUUUGAUCAGGCUCGUUUCAUCCCACCCGAUGCAAUUUUCGCAUUGACUGCUCAGUAUGUAGCAGAUCCAUCUCCCAAGAAAGUCAACUUGGGCCAGGGUACCUACCGUGACGAGCAUGGGAACCCAUGGGUUCUUCCCUCAGUCCGCGAGAGUCGGAAGUUGUUAUCACAGGAGUUGAACCAUGAAUAUCUUCCCAUUAUCGGACUGGCAGAUUUCCGCAAAGAGGCUGCAAAGUUAGCAUUAGGCCCAGAUCUAUUCCAGAAGCAACAGGAAAAACUUGCGACAUGUCAAAGUCUCUCCGGUACUGGAGCACUGCACUUGGCCGGUUUGUUGCUAAGAGCUUGCAAAACACCUCUUCCCAAAGUAUACAUCCCGGAGCCGACCUGGUCAAACCACCAUCAAGUUUUUUCGUCCCUUGGCUUCCAAUGCGAAUCCUUCAGAUACUACAACCCCGAGACAAAAGAUCUAGACAUUGAAUCAUAUUAUUCGACAUUGAAAUCAGCCGAGCCCAACUCCGUCUUCAUCAUUCACGCAUGCGCCCACAACCCAACAGGCUGUGACCCGAGCAAGGAGCAAUGGCGAGAACUUGCCCGUCUAUUUAAAGAGAGACAGUUAUUCCCACUUUUCGACGCUGCCUAUCUAGGGUUCAACUCCGGCAAUGUUGAUAGCGAUGCCUUCGCCAUUCGACUAUUUAUCGAGGAGAUGGAUCUGGAAGCUGGGGUGUGUCUGUCUUUUGCGAAAAAUAUGGGUCUCUAUGGGGAACGAGUCGGCUGCUUUUUGCUGUCUACUAGCACCGAAGACGCUGCUGUGAAGACCCAAUCAAUGCUUGAAAUGCUUCAGCGGUCUGAGGUUUCGAAUCCCCCGGCUUAUGGUGCGAAAAUUGCGAGCACCAUAUUAGCUGAUGAUACACUUAGAAAGACUUGGCAUGAUGAUUUGAUCACCAUGAGCGGCCGGAUUCGCUCUAUGAGGACGGAGUUAUAUGAUAGCCUCGUAGCCUCUGGCGCACCUGGAACUUGGGAACACCUGAUCCGCCAGUCUGGGAUGUUUGGGUUUUUGGGAUUGUCCCCAAGCGUUGUGAUAAAGCUUCGUGAGAAAUAUCAUAUCUACAUGGCGGACAACUCGCGCAUAUCGAUUGCUGGGCUCAACAAACAAAUCGUGGAUUAUGUUGGGAAGUCAAUUACUGACUGUCUGAAGCAAGAAUGA